AUGAAGAUAAUUAUAUUUAUUUGCAUUUGGGCAGCAGCAUGGGCCAUUCCACUUCCUCAAAUCAAGCCAUUGGAGAGACACACUGUUGAAAAAUCUGUGAAUUUACAUCUUCUAGCAAAACAAAAAGUGCCAGUACAGCAUGAGUUAAAUGCCAAUGACACCACUAAAGAAAGUGGUGAAUCCCUUCAUGCAAAUGAGUUAGGAAGGCAACAGUACACCAAGGAUGGUUAUGAAGGAAAAGGGAAUGGUUCUGAGUGGAAAGAAGUAGGAGGGAAGAGUUUUACACAGUCUGUUUUAGCCAGCCAAGAGGGGAAUAUUGAGGAAGAAAAUGGAGUCACAGGAAAACCAGAAACAUAUGGUCAUGAUGCGAUUCAUGGAGAAGAAGAUAACAGUACAGCAAAUGGCAUCAGGGGACAAGUAGGCAUCACUGACAAUGCUGAAGCGGUAAAUGAGAGUGAUAUUAAUGGCAGUGCUGAUCAGAAUACAACAAAUAAGGAUAAUGGAGACACAAGCCAAAAUGAGGGUGUUACUGUUUUCCAAGAAAAUGGACCUCAAGUAGUUGGAAGCAAUAAUAAUACAGACCAUGACAAUAAAAUAAAUGGGAAUGAGGGUGAUACAAGUGCAGUAACACCCCAAAGAGAAGGUGAGGGAAAUGGGGAUAAGGAGGUUGAGAUAACACCAGGCAAUGGAGAAGAUGCUGGCUUGGAUAAUUCUGAUGGGAGUCCUAGUGGAGAUGGUGCAGAUGAGGAUGAUGACAUGGGUUCUGGUGACAAUGAUGGUGGAGAACCAGGGAAUGGAAACAAGGGCAGUGAUAACAGCAAGGGCCAUACGGGUCAGUCUCAUGGCAAAGGAGAUGACAGYAGCAUAGGUCAGAAUUCAACUAGUGGUGAAGAUGAUGACUCUGAAGACAAAGAGGAUUCCCAUAAUGGCACUGGUGGAGACAACACCUCCAAUAGUGAAGAAGACUCUGAUGGUAUUCCAGAAGGCAAUGGUAGCCAAGGAAUAGAGGACACCCAGAAACCCAGCCAYAGAGAAAGCAAAGGUGUGGAAAAUGGAAUCACCAGACAUCCAGAACAAAGUGCUAUUGGGAAGAGCCAACUUCAGGGAAUAGAAACCAACAGAACUAAUAUUACCAAAGAAGCUGGGAAAAUCAAUGAAAGUAAAGAUAGUGAAGGACAACAUGGAAUGAAUGUGAGCUCAGGAAAUGCCAAAACACAAGGAGAGGUUGACAACAUACAAGGACCUGGCCAGAAAUCAGAACCUGGAAAUAAAGCCAGGCACAGUAAAACAGGUAGUGGUAGCAAUAGUGAUGGAUAUGACAGUUAUGAUUUUGAUGAUGAAUCUAUGCAAGGAGAUGACCCCAACAGCAGUGAUGAGUCUAAUGGAAGCGAGGAUGCUAAUUCAGAUGGCAACAAUGACAGCAGUAAUGGAGGAGAUGCUUCUUAUAACUCUGAUGAAUCAAAUGAUAAUGGCAAUGGCAGUGACUCAAAAGGAGAAGACAAUGAUGAGGGCAGUGAUGGUGCAUCAGAUACUGAUGAUAGUGACAGUCACGGUGAUGAUAAUAAAUCAGAAAGCAAGGACAGUGGUGACAGCAAAUCAGAGAGCAGUGACAGCAGUGACAGCAGUGAUAGUAGUGAUAGCAGUGACAGCAGUGACAGUAGUGAUAGCAGUGACAGCAGUGACAGCAGUGACAGUAGUGAUAGCAGUGACAGCAGUGACAGCAGCGAUAGUAGUGAUAGCAGUGACAGUAGUGACAGCAGUGAUAGUAGUGAUAGUAGCGACAGCAGUGACAGCAGUGAUAGCAGUAAUAGUAGUGAUAGCAGUGAUAGUAGUGACAGCAGUGAUAGCAGUGAUAGCAGUGAUAGUAGCGAUAGCAGUGACAGCAGCGAUAGCAGUGAUAGUAGUGAUAGCAGUGAUAGCAGUGACAGUAGUGACAGCAGNAGUGAUAGUAGUGAUAGCAGUGAUAGCAGUGACAGUAGUGACAGCAGUGAUAGCAGUGAUAGUAGCGAUAGCAGUGACAGCAGCGAUAGCAGUGACAGCAGUGACAGUAGUGACAGCAGCAAUAGUAAUGAUAGCAGUGAUAGUAGUGAUAGCAGUGACAGCAGUGACAGCAGCGAUAGCAGUGAUAGUAGUGACAGCAGCGACAGCAGUGACAGCAGCGAUAGCAGUGAUAGUAGUGACAACAGCAAUAGUAGUGACAGUAGUGACAGCAGUGACAGCAGUGACAGUAGCGAUAGCAGCGACAGUAGUGACAGUAGUGACAGCAGUAACAGUAGUAACAGCAGUGAUAGCAGUGACAGUAGUGAUAGCAGCGAUAGUAGUGACAGCAGCGACAGCAGUGACAGCAGCGACAGCAGUGACAGCAGUGAUAGCAGUGAUAGUAGUGACAGCAGUGACAGCAGCGACAGCAGUGACAGCAGUGACAGCAGUGAUAGCAGCGACAGCAGUGACAGCAGUGACAGCAGUGACAGCAGUGAUAGCAGUGACAGCAGUGAUAGUAGUGAUAGCAGUGACAGCAGUGACAGCAGUGACAGCAGCGACAGCAGUGACAACAGUGACAGCAGUGAUAGCAGUGAUAGUAGUGACAGCAGUGACAGCAGCGAUAGCAGCAAUAGCAGUGACAGCAGUGAUAGCAGUGACAGUAGUGAUAGCAGUGACAGCAGUGACAGUAGUGACAGCAGUGAUAGUGACAGCAGUGAUAGUGACAGCAGUGACAGUGGGGAUAGCAAAUCUGACAGCAGUGAUGACAGUGACAGCCAGAGCAAGUCUGGUAAUGGCAAUAAUGGAAGUGACAGUGACAGUGACAGUGACAAUGACAGUGAAGGCAGUGAUAGUAACCACUCAACCAGUGAUGAUUAG